UAUUUAUGAUGUCAAAAAUUUGUGUUUUUGAUAAAAUAUUGAACAGUAUUUAUUUUUGAUUGAUAAGACCUAAAUGCUUGAGAUUUAAAACUAUUCAUCCUUUCUUAAGUAUUGUUAAACAUUAUGAAUGGCAACUAGUUUGGGGCAGUGUUUCAACCUAUUGACUAAUAUUAGAAAAUGUUAUUCGUUAAAAAGUCAAUAAGUUUUCUAGUGUAAACAAUUUUGUACCUUAUUCUUGUUUGGAAACAAAAAACUGUACAACCAAAUAAUUGUAAUAGAAAAAAUGGGACAUCAAAUUUCAUGACAACCAUAAAAUUACCCUUCUUAAAAAAGUUUUGCUGCUGUAUGGAGUUGGUUACUGGAGUGCGGGUUGUCACUGGAUUUGCUCUUGUAUUAGGAGAUUUUUAUAUUGUAAUGGGUGCCACGCUGUAUGAUGACUUCUACCCAACUUUGGUUUUAGCUUCUGCUGUCUCUUAUUACAUUUCGGGAGGACUCUAUUGCUUAUGGUUUUUGUUUCUCCUUCUUUUUCAAACUUCCACGUCCAGCAGGUAUGCUCGGACAGUGAUGUUGGUGCAUACCAAAGUUCUCAUGGUCUGGCUUCUAGUUGUGAUUAUAUUGUUAGCAUUAUCAGUUCAUGCUCUUUCAAGGUACAAACAUGUUUCUGUUUAUGAAAAAGAGAAACAGUUGAUUUAUUUUGGAAUACUUUCUGCCAUUUCUGCUUUUGUAAUGACUACUUACAGUUUAUGGAUACUGGAAAGCUAUAUUUACUGCUUGGAAGUGGACGAAGCUUCGACUAGAACCACAUCACAUAUUCCUGAAGAGGGUGAAAGAUUUGAAUCUAAUGAAAACCAACUGCUUCAACUGGAUCAUGAACAAUCUGAGAAAUUAUCUAUAAACGAUUUACAAAUGAAGCUAUCCAAUGGUAAUGUGGAGUCUGAAAACGUCAGACUUUCUCAAAUAUCUGUUUUGUCAGAUUCCAACUCCUCCAUAAUGGUAUCUGCUGAAGAUCAAUGUAAAGAUAGUGUAGUAAACAUUAAUGAAAAUAAAAGUUAGAUACAAUUAGAUUUGGGGAAAUAAAAUAAAAUUGCAGCAACGUUUUAAAGGAGACUCAUCUUUAUUGUCUACUUGGAGAAAUAUGCCAUAAUUGUAUA